AUGGUCUCAUUAGUUGAACAAUCUGCUAUCAACAGAGAAAAAUUAUUAAAGGGUCUUAACCCUGAACUUUUGGAACAAGUUCACAAGUUGGAAGACUUGUUAACCGUCAACCCAGAAGUUUUGAAAACUAUUACCGCUCAUUUCAUCACUGAAUUGGACAAAGGUCUUUCAAAGCAAGGUGGUAACAUUCCAAUGAUUCCAGGUUGGGUCAUGGAAUACCCAACUGGUCAAGAAACUGGUGAUUAUUUGGCUAUUGAUCUUGGUGGUACAAACUUGAGAGUUGUUUUGGUUAAAUUACUUGGUAACUCAAAAUUCGAUACCGUCCAAACUAAAUACGCUUUACCUGAUAACAUUAGAACUGCUAAAGCUGAUGAUCUUUGGUCUUUUAUCGCUGACUCAUUAAAAGUCUUUGUUGAUGAACAUUUCCCAGGUGGUGCUUCCAAAAAAUUACCUUUAGGUUUCACUUUCUCUUACCCAGCUUCUCAAGGUGCUAUUAAUGAAGGUAUCUUGCAAAGAUGGACUAAAGGUUAUGAUAUCGAAGGUGUUGAAGGUAAAGAUGUCGUCCCAAUGUUACAAGAUGCUUUAGCUGCUCGUAAUGUCCCAAUUGAUGUCGUUGCUCUGAUCAAUGAUACCACUGGUACUUUAGUUGCUUCUGCUUAUGCUGAUCCAGAAGCCAAAAUGGGUUUAAUCUUUGGUACUGGUUGUAACGGUGCUUAUUAUGAAAUUGUUAAAGAUAUCCCUAAAUUAGAAGGUAAAUUGAGUGAUGAUAUCGAUCAAAAUGGAUUAAUGGCUAUCAAUUGUGAAUAUGGUGCUUUUGAUAAUGAACAUAAAGUUUUACCAAGAACUAAAUAUGAUCUUCAAGUUGAUGCGGAAUCUCCAAGACCUGGUCAACAAAGUUUUGAAAAAAUGAUUAGUGGUUAUUAUUUAGGUGAAUUGGUUCGUUUAAUCUUGUUGGAUUUAUACAAUGACAAACAUAUUUUCAAAAAUCAAGAUGUUUCUUUAUUAAGCAAACCAUUCAUUUUUGAUACUUCUGCUCCAGCUAAAAUUGAAGAAGAUCCUUCUGAAGAAUUAAAAGAUACUCAAGAAUUAUUCAAAGAAACUUUAGGUGUUGAAACUACAUUGGAUGAACGUAAAUUGAUUCGUCGUUUAGCUGAAUUAAUUGGUAACAGAGCUUCAAGAUUAUCUGUUUGUGGUAUUGCUGCCAUCUGUAAAAAGAGAAACUUUACCACUGCUCAUUGUGCUGCUGAUGGUUCAGUCUAUAACAGAUACCCAGGCUUUAAAGAACGUGCUGCUCAAGGUUUAAGAGAUAUCUUUGAUUGGGAUUUAGAACCAAAAGAUUAUCCAAUCGUUAUCGUUCCAGCUGAAGAUGGGUCUGGUGCAGGUGCUGCCAUCAUUGCUGCUUUAACAGAAAAAAGAUUAGCCUCAGGUAAAAGUGUUGGUGUUAAAAAUUGA